AUGGCAAAGAGAAAGAAAAUGUCAACAAGACAGCGAAUGCUACAAGACAAAAUAAGAAAAAGAGAACAGAGGCAAAAGCCUGCAGGAAUUCUGCCAGAUGAAGUCUCAGCUUUGACGCCACAACAGUCUGCUGUUCCCUGCGGAACAGUGCAUGGAGCUGAUUCAGCUCCUCCCGGUAAUUUUCCGGGGCUUGGUUCGAUGGGGUUUCCACCUAAAGAGGAAAAACCCCUGGCCAGGGUGCAGGCCUCACCUCGAGUGAAAAUGCAUUCACCUGCCCCGAGGUUGUCACCUCCUCGGGGAAGUCGUCUGUUUGUCCAUGACGAGGGCAAGGCACCGUCCACUGACUCCCCACCGUGGGUUUGUGCUCCACCGAGGGCACCUGGAUCGGACAUAGUGCAUAUGUCUGAUCCAGCAGGACAGGCACAGCUGGAUACCUCCAGGAUGGAGGAGACCAGUAGAAUAUCAAAAGAUGAGGGCACUUUAACGAAUUCUAACAUGGAAACUGAACGAAUAUCAAAAGGAAACUUGAAGGAAAAACCUGAUAUUAUAGAAAGUAUAAACAGAGAAAGAGAUAUGUUGGAGACUGUAAAAAGUAUGAUGGAUUUGAGAGAAGUUACAGAGAUUAUAGAAAAUGUCAGAGAGUCAAGUGAUAAAACUAAUGAUAAGGAAGAAAUGAAGGAAACAAAUGAGAGUAAGGUCUUUAGAAAAGUGAGUGAGGAAAGAAAUUCUAAAAGUUGGAAUAUAAAAGAUAUAAAUGAACAAUGUGAUCAGAGAGAAGGUUGUAAUGUGCAGGAUGAGGGAAAUCAUGAUUUGAAAGCAAGAAGUUUGUACAAUGUAUCUGUUCAGGGCUCUUUCCAUCAAGCUGAUCCUAUGUUUGGUGACACUGCAGGAACUCAAUGUGUGGCAAAUUGUUUAUCAGGUUUGGCUUAUCAUCUUCUGAAAAGUGCACAAAUAUGGCAAACAGCUGAUGUUAACAAAGUAUUGGUGAAUGGAGAUGAACUUUACACAUACCUGCAGAACUGUUCUUCAAUUACAAGUAGGUAUUUGUUAGUUGAUGAGUUACCACAGUAUUUUGAAUGCUUUAGCAACACAUUUGACUUUACUGUGAAGGUAUCGGUACCAAGUUUCAUAAGCUUAUCAGAGGAGGAGCCAUGUUAUGAAGAUUUUAAUGCUUAUCCUCUUUUUGAAGCUCUCCAAAUGGCACUUACCGAGACAAAUGGGUGUUUUGUGUGUUUUGGGGGAAAUACCCUUUUAAUUGGCAGAACUACUGAUGGCUUUUUCAUAUUUGAUUCACAUGCACGGUGCUCUCAGGGAUAUUUAAGUGUUAGAGGGAAAAGUACAAGAAUUUUGAAAAAGGAUGUUCAGGAUGUGUGCUUGCAUCUUAGGUCUCUGGCUCUUUCUAUGGGCUUUUCAAGAAUUGUUGAAUGUGAAUUAACUGGAGUGUUGUGUUCACUGAAACAUUUUGCUAUUGCAGAUGUUUAUGAGGUUGACGGUUCUGAAGAACAGUCAGAAGCAAAUGUAUGUUUUACGCGAGGUACUUCAAUGUUAAAGCAAUCAAAGGAUGAAGAUACUUGGAGAUAUUCAGGAGCAUUGAAAGAUUCAAAUCAGUGUGGGUUAUUGUCAGUACAGUCGGAUGUAUUGCAGACAGAUGAUUUAAUUUUUAUUGGUCAGGAAGUCAAACAACAUGAUUUUAUUCCUUUGUCAGUACAGAAACAAAGGGAGUUGUGCAAAGAGUUGGGAUUUUCCUAUUCUGUUUCUAGAUGUGAAUAUGAUGCAGUGUCCAUAAAAGACAUGGAUAUACCAAGCAACUGUAGAGAAAUAGAAGGAGAUGGAAAUUGUUUUUUCAGGGCAAUAUCAUACAGUCUUACAAACUCUGAGAACUAUCAUCAGCAUCUUAGAAAAGCUGUUUGUCAACAUUUGUUGAAAUAUGAAAAAAAAUUUCAGCAGUUUAUGAGGUGUGAGGGGUCUUUAAGAUCAUACUUACUUUCCAGUGAAAUGUCAGAGGACGGUAUAUGGGCUACUGAAUUGGAGAUUCUUGCAAUGUCGCACAUGCUGAAUAUAGACAUUUAUACUUAUUCAGAUAUGAAAUGGAUUCAAUUCAGUGGGGAAGAACCAAAUCAUGAACCGGGUGAACAUGAUGGUGCUAUUUAUUUAUACCACAGGCAGCAGAACCAUUAUGAUGUGGUUUUAAGUGUAGUUGCGAGGAUGUCGGAAAGCAAUUCAUUCAUCCAAAACAGUUCGAGCAAGAGAGAGUAUAACUUGCGCAGGGGAAAUCGAGAUCGAAUGAAAGGAAAACGAAAUGCUUUUAAAAUGAAAAGGCCAUUAAAGUUAAAAGAAACUCGUAGAGACACAUUUAGGAAAAAGUACAACGGAAGUGAAGAGUUUCGGGAAAAAAUGUUGAAGCAAAAGAAAAACAUGUACUCAACUACAGAGCAUAAGUUAAAAACUCAGAUGAAGAACAAAGAAAGGUAUCAUGCUUUAGAUUCAGAACUUCAAAGGGAAGUGCAACGAGCAAGUAGAGAAAGAAGUAAACUGAAGUACUCAACUAACGUUGAACACAGAGAGGAGAAGAAGGGGAAAAGUAUUCAGAAAUACAAGUGUGAUGCUCAGUUCAGAGAUCAAGUGAAGGAAAAGAGCAAAGAAAAGUACAGGGCAAAUGUGGAACAUCAGGGAAAUGUCAAGAAAGCAAGUACUGAGAAGUACAAAACAAACUUGGAACACCAGGAAAAUGUAAAAAAUGCAAGUACUGAAAAGUACAAGACAAACGUGAAACACCAGGAAAAUGUAAAAAAGGCAAGUACUGAAAAGUACAAGACAAAUUUGGAACAUCAGAGAAAUGUAAAAAAGGCAAGUACUGAAAAGUACAAGACAAACUUGGAACACCAGGAAAAUAUAAAAAAGGCAAGUACUGAAAAGUACAGGACAGAUUUGGAACAUCGGGAAAAUGUUAAGAGAAGAAGCAGAGAAAAGUACAAAACAGACCUGGUACACAAGUCUAAAGUUAAACAGGGAGUUUUAAAAAAAUACAAAGAGAAUGAAACAUAUAGGAUAAAAAACAAAGCUGCUAAUGUUCUUAGAUACAGUACUAAUGCAACUUUUAAAGCAAUUGUUAAGGAAAAAGCAGCAAAGAGAUAUCAGACUGAUACCAAAGUCCAAUCAGAAGUGAAGAAACGUAGUAAGGAUGGCUAUCACUCAUCUGCAGAAUUGAAAAGGAAGAAAAAAGAAGAAGUUUCACAAAAAAGGAGGCAAAAGCAAUUGAAUUUGGAACAUGAAGAGGAAGUAAUCAGACUGUUUAAGAAAAAUGCAAUGGAGGGACCUGAUUUUGUGUGUACGUGUUGCCAUAGGCUAUUGUUUAAAAGUCAAGUUCAAACAUGUGAAAGGCAGAUGUACGAGAAAAGUGAAUCAGCAAGAACUAUUUCUAACAUAUGUUUGUUAGACAAGUAUUUGCAUGAAUGUUCUGACUCAUGCCCAGAAGCAUGUACCAAAUCUUCAUUAUGGAUUUGUUAUACAUGUCAUAGGAAAAUACUGAGUGGCAAAGCACCAGCGGAGGCUGCAGCAAACGGUAUGAUUUUAGAGGAUAUUCCACCCGAGUUGUCUAAAUUGAACAGUUUAGAACAGCAUCUGAUUGCAAUUCAUAUACCAUUUAUGAAGGUUAUGGCUCUACCCCAUGGUGGACAAAAAAAUGUUCAUGGACCUGUUAUUUGUGUACCUUCAGAUAUGAAAAAGACUGCCAACUUACCAAUGAAACAGGAGGAGAACUUGUUGUUACGUGUUAAAUUGAAAAGGAAAUUGAAUUACAAAGGCUAUUUUGAAUACCAGUUCGUUAAUAUGAGCCAUGUCAUGACUGCUUUAUCAUACUUGAAGGAGAAUAACCUUUGGUACAAGGAUGUUAAAAUUGAAUCAAGUAUUGAAGAAGGUUUGACGAAUCAUGAGGAGAGGACAGAUGUUGUAAAUACAGAGGACAACGAAGAAAUUGAAGAGGAAAUUGUUUCAUUUGACACAUGUUUACAGCCUGUUGAUGUUGCGCAGGAAGUUUUAGACCACUACUUUGAUGAUGUGUACAACAUUGCACCAGGUGAAGGGAAAAACCCUAUUCGAAUGUUGCAGGAACCUGGCAAUGAAGCAAAGGCAUUUCCUUGUCUUUUUCCAAGUGGUUGUUUUUCUUGGAAUGAAGAAAGAUCAGAAAAAUUAACACUUUCUAAGUAUUUCAACAAUAGGUUAAUGAAUGCAGAUGACAGGUUUGCUAAAGAUACCAAUUACAUUUUCUUCAGCCAGUACAUGUCUGAAUUGAACCAAGUGAUUGAAAAAACACAAAUUUCACUUCGAAAAUCUCUAUCAAAAUGUACUAGUGGGAAACCUGUAACAAUAGAUAUGCUGCAAGAUCCAACUACUCUCUGUAGAUUGCUGAGAAAUGAUGAUGCAAUUAGAUUUAUGCAACCGAUAAGAGGAACACCAGCUUAUUGGGCAACUGCUCAAAAGGACCUCUUUGCAAUGCUGCGGCAAUUAGGCAUCCCUACUUGGUUUUGUUCGUUUUCUGCAGCAGAGUACAGAUGGAAUGAUGCUGUUAAAGCUAUAUUACAACAGCAAAAUGAUAACAGAAAUCCUGAUGAAAUGGAAUGGUCAGAAAAAAAAUGA